AUGUUCGUAAAUCUCACUGAAAUAGCCUCCGAGCCACUUUCUUUUGAUCCAGAGCUUGGCGAAAAAGAAAACGUAAAGAUUCUUGCAACAAUAUUAGCCCGAAAUCACGGUUUCUGGGAACCAGAAGAGUUUCAAGAUUAUAUCCAGUCUGGUUUUGCAGGUAUUGCUGUUAGAUUCGGCCCAGAUAGAGAUAUCUUAUUAUUUGUUACAUUCGUCAAAACAAUUAACUGCGAAUUUAGCACUAAAAUCAUCGAAGAACUUAAAAAGUCAGAUAACAUGCUCAAUACAGCAAUAUCACUUUAUCAUCUCAUAGCAAAAUAUGAUUUAUCAAAAUAA